UUAAUAUAAUAUAUAUAAUAUCGGAAUGGAAUAAAAUAUUAUCUAUCAAAAAUAUAUCAUGUCAAUAUUGAUAAGAUACAAUCUCUUCAAGAUCCAACUAAUAUGCAGUGAUCAUCCCAACAAAAUUAUAUUUACUAUUUAUAAAAUGUACAUUUUUUUAAAUGUACAUUUAGAAUCUUUAAACCGGUUCUGUAAAUAGAUUAUGGGAUUUAUAACUGGGUACUCAAAAUUGAGACAAAACAUCAACAUUGCAUGUAUUAAAUAAAGAGAAAACUUAGUUCAAUGAAAUCCGCUUUUCGUCAUCUGAUUCUCAUAUGGAUGAGCAAUCUAUAUACUUGUAUAGCAUUGAGCAAGAUAAGUAAAUCUGUCAGAAAAGUCUAUUUAUUUUUAAUGGUGGAUUAUUUUGAUUUUAUUCCAGUAACAUUUUUGAUAAACGUCUUCAAUUAGUGACAAUUACGCAGUACUUUUGAUUGAUUUCAAGAUUAUGUAGUUGAAAAAAUAGUUCAACGAAAAAAUUUAUGUAAAAUAUCAAGAUGCAACCUCUUGGAGAAAAUAUGUCAAAUAUUCCUGCCUUUUUAGGCAAAUUGUGGAAAAUGGUUAACGAUCCUAUUACGGUUCACCUAAUUAGCUGGAGUGCGGCUGGUAAUAGUUUCAUUAUUCAAAAUCAAGCCCAAUUUUGGUAUGAAUUGUUGCCUUUAUAUUACAAACACAAUAAUAUGAGCAGCUUUGUCAGACAGCUUAAUAUGUACGGAUUCCAUAAAAUGUCAACCAUUGAAAAUGGUACUAUGGAUUCCGAUAAAGACGAAAUACAAUUUUAUCACAAAUAUUUUCAAAAAGGCCGUCCAGAACUUCUUCGUAAUAUCAAACGAAAGGUAACUGUAGCUAAGUCUGAAAAUAAUGCACAAAAUGUUUUGAAAUUUGAUGAUUUAUCAAAAGUCUUAUCAGAUGUCAAACAUCUGUAUGGCAGGCAGUCAAGUGUGGAUUCACAAUUAAGUUCUAUGAAGCAAGAAAAUGCAGUAUUAUGGAGAGAACUAGCUAUUCUUAGACAAAAACAUUUGAAGCAACAACAGAUUGUCAAUAAAUUGAUUCAAUUUUUGGUUACGUUGGUUCAACCUUCUCCAUCAUCUAGGAUGGGAGUUAGUGUUAAAAGGAGGAUGCCUCUCAUGUUACAUGAAAGCCCUACGAAAAAAUCUAAAAAAUCUAAAAGUACAAAAUCUGAUAGUAAUGAACAACGUGAUAAUGGUCCAACAAUACAUGAAUUAGAUAGUGAAAUUGAAAUUUCACCUGAAGAGCUGUUUGAUCAGGAUGUAGUUGAAGAAGGAUUGGUAACUAGUCCACAUACCUCUGUAUCAUCUCCUUUAGAUUCACAACCUGAUUCUUUAAAACCUUCCUCCAUUUUAUCUAAUGAAGCAAAUAAUGAGGAUGGACUCCAUGAAAGUCUGUUUGUGGAAAUCAACCCUUCUGAUUUAAUGAACGAGAGCCGAGCUGCAGAAAAUGAGUCAAAUAAUUUACAGUCUACAAAUCAAAAAGGUGAAAAAGUAUUCUUAAACCCGAUGGGCGGAAACACACUUCUAAGCAAUAUAGCGAAUGGCAGUUACAAUGCUAAUGUGAUAAAUACCAAAAAUGGAAAGAAAAUUAAUAGCAAGUCACCGGAGAGUACAAUUAAUAAUUUAUUGGAACUUAGCCCUAAAAAUACUAGAGGCGUCGAUCUCCAGGUUGCUACAAGAAAUAACAAUGGUACUAAUGACUGUUACAAGGAGGAUCUAGAUUUGCACCUUGAGACCACUCAGUCAGAGAUCGAACAAUUAAAAGACAUUCUGAAGGGUUGCAACGGACUGGAUGCCAAUGCCUUACUUGGAGUAAGUAUCCCAAGAUUAUUUAAUGAUGAGGCUCCAUCAUUUGGAUUGCCCUACAACCACAGUGAUACCAAUAAGGAUAAUCCACUGGACACUGGUUCAGCUGACCCAAUGGUAUCCGGAACUGAAUUGACAACAUAUGGAAACAAUCUCAUUGAUUUCAACGAACUGUUUGAUGACUCAUUGGACGGACAAGAUGGAGUAGUAGCUGGAGAAGCACAUCGACAAGACAAUGACAACUCUAUCAACACACCAAUGGUCAUGAAGGGCCAGCCAUUGUUUCCAAAUGUUAACAAAGAUCUGUAAUUUUGUUUAAGGCAGUUUCCAUGAUUUUUGCUGAAAUUAAUUGAUCCAGCGAUUUUUAGUUGCUCUUUUUGUAAUUUAUUGUAUUAACAGAAUGUUUGCUGCACUAUUUUUAAAGUUGGGAGUUGCUCUCUUUAUGAGUUUUUAGACAGUUUUUUGAGGAAAUUUUGCAUGAAUUUUCGUUCUAUAUUUGAGUGGGCACAUUUAAAAUCAAUUUGCUACAAUCCUUACAAACCGACGAGUGUUUUAAUUUAUAAAAACGUUUUUUCGGCAUGUUACACCGCGAAAUGAUAAACAUUUCUUUAAACAUACCAUUCAAACAAUAAAAUUAAAUUGAUAAAAUUUUGACUGCCACAUGUACUUUGUUCAUUUCCUUACAUACAUGACAGUUUUGUUUUCUUUUUUAAAGAAUUUGUUCCUUACUAAUUAAUACUAAUAUAUUUACAAACACCGAUGGAUAUUGUUGUUUUUUGAUCAGAAAUGAGCAGCUAAAAUUAGCUUUCUAUUUUUAUUUUAAUUAUUUCAGAACUUUAAAAUAUUAUUUGUGUGAAAUAAUUAAAACGAUGAACUUUUAUUUUGAAAUUUAACACCAUGUUAAUAUACUAUCAUUUUAAUUGAAGGGCUAAUUCUCAUGUUAUUCCAAUAAGCUAUUGGAAUAACUUGACAAGCCACAACAUUAAUUUAUUGAGGAAACACGUCUUCAAAGGUUAAUUACUAUAACUUUGUUGAAAUGCAAUAACUUGAUUUUUCGGAUAAAGAUGGUAUUUGUUGGAGAAUUUUCAUUUGGUUUAUGGUUUUUUUUAUUGUCGCGAAGUAAAAAUGCCUUUAUUUUAUAUUUUUUACGUUUUUACAAUAAUCCCUUCAAUUCUAAAAUGCAACAUAUUGAUUUUUAUAAGACACUGCAAUUGCCUUUUAGACUUAAAACAAUUUUGGUCUUGAAUAUAAAGUUUAACAGUAUAGCAAAAAAUCAUUGGUACUAUAAAUUGGUUGUGGUUAUAUGGAGAUUAUCGUUUUGAUUUUUGUCAUUUCUCAAGUAUACUUCACUUUUGUGUUACUGAUAUAGGGUGAUAUUUACGGUGUAACAGAAUAAUUAUUGAGUUAUAUUUGUAAUAAAAGGCUGGUUCUUGAUCUUUGUCUAUUUUUGGUUAUUUUUUAAGUUUAUAAUUAAAACAAGGUUAUACAAAUUGGUUUUUAUUGGUGAAAUUUGCUGUAAUUUAAUUUUUAAGUAUUUAAUAACUAUGUGGUUUUGACUACCCUGUAUAAAUAACUCCAAAUCUUAUUUAUUUUAUUGCUGCUUUUAUUUUAAAUCAUUGUUAUUUGACAGAAAUAGAUCAAAGACGUUUUUUAUAUACUCAGAAAUAAGGAACUUUGAAUAUUUUAUUAAAUAAAAUGAAGUGUAUAAAUUUUGAUUGUAAUAAUUGCAUCUUUAGUUAUUAAAAAGAUACCCAAAAAGUAUUAAAAUGAGAUAGAUUUCUCGUCACAAAACUUUUUGGCGAUUACCACUUUUAUGCUUAGCACGACUGUAUAUUCAAAGAGUUUUUAAAACUCAUUAUAAAAUUAAAAAGUCUUACAUUCAUAACUACUUUUAACUUGUGUAAGAAAAAUAUAUUUUCUCAAAAAAUUAGAAUAAUUCUGUUGUAAAUAAAACUGUGGCCUUCAAAAGUAGCGAGUUAUUUUUUUACCCUCUGAAGGUAGAUUUACGUACGUACGUGUUUGCGAGUGUAGAUGAAAGUAUAACGCAUUUUUAGUAUAUUUUUUUCAUCGCUUGUGCAGUUCUCAUUUUAUAACCAUUAUAAAAAUAAAAUUUGUUUAAAUUGUUUUCCAACUAACGAUAAACUGCCAAUUCGUUAUUUUAUCAUUAGUUGAAAAAUAUUGAAUAAUUAAAAAACUGUGCAACUUAUUUUAAUUUAAUCUUUUAAACCUAACAAAUAAUUUGAUCAAAAAUAUGUCUCGAACACAAAUUUGUAUUUUUUGUUCUUAAAAGGAUUUGGAACAAAUUAGCAAUAAAUUUUAAUUACUGAGUGCUACGAGGUCCAGUAUUUGACUUUACCACUUUAGAAUUGUUAACAUCCAAUGCAAAUUUAUGAAACAAAACACAAAUUUUCUUCUCUGGUGAUUAUCCGCAAACUUUACUCAAACAUUAUGUCGACAAAAAAUGUGUGCAUUAUAAAGACAAUUUACAUUUUUUAUUUUAUCACUAUAGUGUACCAUUCUAGAGUGGUAUAUUUCUUUACUCGAUUAUGCGCCACGUAGAUCAUCACUCAGAAACUUUUCUUCCGAAUCUGUCGGUACAUUUGAAUAUUUCAUUUAUUUAUUUAAAAUGGUUUGUUAUUCCUAUAAUUAAAACAGUGUUAUGUUUUAAAGUUUUGUAUAGUUCUACUGGUACCUAUUAUAUAGUUUAAGAUAACAUUUUUUAAUUUGUUAUUGUUAUCAUUCAUAUUAAUAUAAUAAGUUAUUUUGUGUUGUUAUUUAUUUUUUUCAAACUUCCAACCAAUCAUUAUAACUUUAAAGGAUACCUUAAAUUAAUUCAAUUAUUAGUAAAUUGUGAGUCGUAACUGUUGGGACAUAGAGUAAGUCCAGAUUAUUUGGACCCAAAUAAAUAUUCUUAAAUAAAAUGUUACUGUGGAAAAAUAUAGUUGAAAUAUUUUUUUUAAAAUAUCACAUUUGUAAAACGUUAUGAAAAUUGGCAAAGAG